GGUGGAUGAUAGGGAAUGCCCGUUAGUUGCGUCUGCCGAUAAUAGCACAUCAGCCAGAGCGCUGCUACUGGGGGAGCAGAGCACAGGCAGCGCGGAGGACUGAGCCGCUGAGCGCACAAUGGUUCACCAGGCAGGGAGCGAGAAGGGAGAGCGCAUCCGCACAUGUACAGGAGAGGAGGACUGAGCCGGAGCAGGGCAGCAGGGAGAGGAGCAGGAGGAGGAGAAAAGUUACCCGGUCAGCAGCUGAGACUCACUUGGGUCUCAGUCCCAGUGGAGGAGCCAAGCACAUCAAUGAGCAGAGCAGGAGGAGAGUGAUAUUACAGCAGGGAGAGUUGCAACUCCUCAGAAUCCAGUCCUGUCAUAAGGCAAACAGGAGCCGCUGCACUGCUUGCUCCAGGAUUAUUACAGGAAGGCAGAGGACCCUUACUGUGAACCUGCCCCCAAAGUGCCUCUGCUGCUCCAUCCAACUCACUUCUGCAGGAGACCACAGGAAGGUGGAUGUAGUUGGGUGCCUUUGUCUUUUUCUUUUCUUCUAAACUGUGAAGCAGUGGAGAUUUGAAGGGCAAGUAGUUCUGUCUUAUCUCUGGGACUAUGUUAGACUGUGCAUCAGCAGCAGCAGCAGGCGCUCUAGAGCAUGGAGAAGUCCAGCAGUGAGGAGUCAGCCAUUCACCGUAGUCCGUCAGUAGACAGCCGGGAUUCUGAUUUUCCUCAAGCCUCCACGUCUGGCCGGCCGUUCGGUGGCCGCGGCUUCACUGCCGGCGCUUUCUACGGCUCCACGGGGCCACGCAAAAACACACAGCAGGGGCCGGCCGGAGCGGCAGCCGACACCGGCACCGCGGACAAGACCAACAAGUACAGCUCACCCAAAGGCAGCAAAUACGUGGUCUUUUACCUGGACCUAUCCUUUGUGUUCCUUCUAGAGUUCAAGAAGUGCAACAUGGCGAGAGGCUGUUUGUGCUGCUUGAAGUAUCUGAUGUUCAUCUUCAACCUCAUCUUCUGGUUGUGUGGCUGUGGGCUGCUUGGCGUGGGCAUCUGGCUCUCUGUGUCACAGGGCAGCUUCGCCACCUUCUCACCUUCAUUCCCGUCUCUGUCAGCUGCCAACAUGGUCAUUGCCGUUGGCGCAAUCGUCAUGGUGACGGGCUUUCUUGGUUGCCUGGGUGCCAUUAAGGAGAACAAGUGCCUGCUUUUAAGCUUCUUCAUCGUACUGCUGAUAAUUCUUCUGGCAGAGCUGAUCCUCCUCACCCUCUUCUUUGUGUACUCUGAUAAGGUGAGCGAGAACGCUAAGCAGGACCUGAAGGAUGGGCUGGCUCUUUACAACUCAGAAAACAACAUAGGCCUUCGAAAUGCAUGGAACAUCAUCCAGGCGGAGUGGAAGUGCUGCGGUGUCAUAGCGUACUCGGACUGGCACGAUGCCCUGAAGGAGAAGGUGGUUCCUGACCGCUGCUGCCAGGAGCAUUACCAAAACUGUGGCCGCAACUCCACCAACAUGUUCUGGAGCCGGGGCUGUUUUGAGAAGGUGGAAGAAUGGCUGGGUGAAAACAAGCAUCUGCUGGGAACCAUAGGCAUGGUCAUCUUGGUAGUGCAGCUGUUGGGCAUGGCGUUCUCCAUGACGCUCUUCCAUCACAUCCACAGAACAGGGAAGAAGUACGACGCCUAACCUGGGCAGAGGAGCCCCACUGCCUGCUGGGAAGAGACUCUGAUUCCAACAUCCAUGCUUUCCGUCUCACUUCACCACUUGUGUAAAGCAUCCUGUGCUCCUUCCUGGCCUGUACAGAUUCCAGCUGCGUUCCUGCACCUUUCCUGCUCUCUCCUCCUCUCAUUCAUUUUGCCAAAGAGUAACACAACUGGAACUGAAGGGACACCUACUUUUGGCACGCAAGAGAAUAACAUUGGUUCUGAAUGAAAUAUACUUUGUUUUUUCUCAUCUUCUUGAUCAUUUUUCUUGGACUAACAAUUUGCUGGAAGGAAAGUUGGAUUUUGAGACAAUGAAGACUGAACUGAAGCCCAUACAGCAUCUUCAAGGUGAAGAAAACCCAUGAAAUAGAAACUGAAACUUUUCUCCUUCCUGGAGGUUUUUUCAUGUUGAUCAACACAAAGCUCCACGUUUUCCCUUGUAAAUGGAUAAAGACCCAAUACGGCAUGCUAGUUUUUUACUUCUCUGACUUACAUGUCUCUGAAACUUUAGUUUUAAAUUUCUCAGAUUUGUUUUUUAUUCAAACGCUCAGCGCUCCUGCAGAAUGUUGAAUGGCGACCUGGUAGAUGCGCUGCGUGUCAGCUCGGGUUUGACGUGAAGGGGCACAGACAUGUCAGUGGUUUUUGUUGUAAUCCAUGAUCCUUUUUUUUUUUUACUGCGCUGGAGAGAUUAGGGAAAAGGGAAAGUGUUGGAAGAACAUCAUGUGAGCGUGAGGAAUUAUCAGUGGAUUUAUUUGCCAUCAAAUUCUGCAAAAUCCGCUGGGUAAUAAACUUUAAUUCAUAAAUCUGUCCUUGAACACGCAUUGCUGUGUUCAAAUUCCCCUGUGAGGCAACAUUCACAGUGUUAAGCUGUUUGUUAGCGCGCCACGAAGGGAUCCGGGUGAUAAAGUCUGUUGGUUUUUUUAGACGAAGUGUUUGUGUGUUUAUCUCUGUGUCUGUUUGAUCACUCAGAGGAGGUAAAACCUAGAAUCAGAGAGGAAAGGCUAACGGCAGACAUGUUUUCUCACUGCUGCAGCCAUCAAUUGUGCUGGCAGGAGGAGGUUAGCAGUUUUCUCCUCCAGCUCUCAUCCAUUCAGUCAACUCAACCCUGCCUCCAUUUUUUUCUGUUUACACCCUGAUUCUCUUCCCACAUUUCAGGAAGCAGUGAGUUUGACAUUCCUGCUCAUUAUUCAGUCACACCUCUGGUUUGCAACUUCACAUAUUUCAUGUAAGCUUACUUUUCAUGCAGCCUAAAGAGGAAUUGGUGGGGGAAGGGGGCUGGGAUCAAAGCCAAGGCAGAUAGAUAUAGCAACACAAACCCUGUAGGACACGUCUGUUUACGCACUGACGCACCGCAGGAAGCCUGGGCAUCAGUCUGCCUCCCGCAGACCAAAAAUGCUCUUCAUCUGCUGGUGGCUUGGAGAGAAUGCCCCCCAGUUUAUCUCAGGAGGUAUAAAGAGGUGUGAAGAGCUACCUUUAUUGGAUGGGGAUCGGUUUAGCUGCGGCUGUCAGGCUUAGGUUAUUCAGUUUUUGUGACGUCUCCGGGGGAAAUUGUUUUGACAUCUACAACGAUGAAAAAGAAACAGCAAAUUAAGAGACAAGUUGCAGAAAGAAAAAACCUGAGAGAUUUAUGGCUUUAUUUACAGUGAGGAUGCUCGGUUUACAGAGAACGAUGCUACGCUGCAGCGCGUCCACACAAAGUGAAACAGGUCAGCUUUAAUCAGAGACGGUUGAUUAGGUGCAAACUGGAGCAGAUCUGACUGCAGAUUAAGCACAAAUGAUGAGAUAUGAGCAGCAGGAAGUGAGAAAAGAGCAUAUGUCCUAUUAACCCGGCGUCCCUUUAGGUUGUGUUUUCUUAAAGAAUGUCAUUAAAAUAUUAUAUGCAAAAUAUUUUUUCACACAGCAACUAAUACUAAUUAGUUUUAUUUUUUUUUUAUUUAAAUUUUUAUUCUAAUGAAUUUUUUAGCGAUUAAAGUCUGUAUUUGAAUCAAAUUACUUGAUUCAAAAACCCAGAAGGGACACAGAUUACUUUAUUUCACUUAAAAUUCAUCACCUGGAGAGACAAAGACUCAUGAAAAUUAAAAUUCAGCUGAAAUACAUCACCUGGCCAAUAUUUACACAGUAACUGGAAAAGUUCUGCAAAAAUAAAAUAAAACAGAAGAAAUG